UUGAGUACAUUCAUCAGGAGUAAUAAUUCACGUGAAACGCGAGGCGCUCAGUUUAACGGUCAUAAAGAACAGUGAGGAGCUGAAUUAAAAGAUCAAAAUUCAAAAUGCGUGAAAUCGUGCAUAUGCAAGCUGGGCAGUGCGGCAACCAAAUAGGUGCCAAGUUUUGGGAAGUUAUCUCAGAUGAACACGGUAUUGAUCCCACUGGUACAUACCACGGAGACUCAGACUUACAAUUAGAGAGAAUAAAUGUGUACUAUAAUGAAGCUACAGGUGGUAAAUAUGUUCCUCGUGCUAUAUUGGUUGAUUUGGAACCAGGUACAAUGGACUCUGUCAGAUCUGGACCUUUUGGACAAAUUUUUCGACCAGACAAUUUUGUCUUUGGUCAAAGUGGUGCAGGAAAUAACUGGGCAAAAGGACAUUACACAGAAGGUGCUGAAUUAGUAGACUCUGUAUUAGAUGUUGUAAGAAAAGAGGCUGAGAGUUGUGACUGUCUUCAGGGAUUCCAACUUACACAUUCACUUGGUGGUGGUACCGGCUCCGGUAUGGGAACACUUUUAAUCAGCAAAAUCCGUGAAGAAUACCCUGACAGAAUCAUGAACACAUUCUCAGUUGUGCCAUCUCCAAAGGUAUCAGACACUGUAGUUGAACCAUACAAUGCCACCCUCUCAGUCCACCAGCUUGUUGAGAACACAGAUGAGACAUAUUGUAUUGACAAUGAGGCUUUGUACGAUAUUUGCUUCAGAACAUUAAAGCUCACCACGCCAACUUACGGUGACUUGAACCAUCUCGUCUCUGCCACUAUGUCUGGAGUAACCACUUGCCUCCGUUUCCCAGGUCAGUUGAAUGCAGAUCUCCGUAAACUGGCUGUCAACAUGGUUCCCUUCCCACGUCUCCACUUCUUCAUGCCAGGAUUUGCUCCCCUGACCUCUCGUGGAAGCCAGCAAUACAGAGCUCUCACUGUACCAGAACUUACUCAGCAGAUGUUUGAUGCCAAAAACAUGAUGGCUGCCUGCGAUCCCAGACAUGGAAGAUACCUCACUGUUGCAGCAAUGUUCCGUGGCCGAAUGUCCAUGAAGGAGGUUGAUGAACAAAUGUUGAAUGUUCAAAACAAGAACAGCAGCUACUUUGUGGAAUGGAUCCCCAACAACGUCAAGACAGCUGUCUGUGACAUCCCACCAAGGGGUUUGAAAAUGUCUGCAACUUUUGUUGGUAACAGCACUGCCAUCCAGGAACUGUUCAAGCGUAUCUCUGAACAGUUUACUGCUAUGUUCCGUCGUAAGGCUUUCUUGCAUUGGUACACUGGUGAGGGUAUGGAUGAGAUGGAAUUUACUGAAGCAGAGUCCAACAUGAACGACUUGGUCUCUGAAUACCAGCAGUACCAGGAUGCCACAGCAGAAGAAGAGGGCGAGUUUGAUGAAGAGGAGGAAGAUGGUGAAAUGGCCUAAAUUAACAUUCCAUCAUAUUUAGUGUAGAAACAUCUUUGAAUAUAUUUAUUUUUGGACUAAGACCCUUUCAGUAUUUUUGGAAAAUUUCAGGACAUUAAGAAUUCCAACAAUAUUUUUGUGUAUUUUUAAAAUUUAGAUAUAUUUUAACUUGUAAAACAUUCUUAAAUUAUGUUAUGUCUCAGGAAAUUAAUAAAAAUCAGUAUUAUGA